UCUCUCCCUCUCCCCCCUCUUCCACCACCCUCCCUCCAUCCUCCAGACGUCUCAGCCAAGCCCUGGCGGUCAGUCUUCAUGCAGCAGUGACCAGUCCCCCCUCAGCGCCUAUCUCAGCCGUGGAGUCCAGCUUGCGGUGAGCGCGGGACGCUCACCGGGGGAGGGGCUGGACGAGGACGAGGAGGCGGAAGAGGAGGGGGAGGAGGAGGAGUGCGACGGAGGGGGCAUGAGCGCCCCCAUAAUGGACUCCACGGUGUCCACGGCGACGGCAGCCCUGCAGGCUCGGCGUGGCGUGGGGCGACCUCUGAGAUGGAUGGAGCACCUGAAGAUGGAGAGGUUGAAGCAGGUUAAUGGAGCUCUGCCCAGGCUAGGGACCCUGUCCCCCACACUGCCCCCUAGAGGCUCCACGCUGCCUGCCAUCCUCACCAAGGGCUCUUGUCUAGGCCGACCAGGUGUUGGGGGACUACCCGCUCCUCCUCCUCCUCCUCCUCUCCUUCGCCCGGAGCUGAGCAACACAGAGCUGACGGUGCUGAGCAUGCUGGGAAGGGACCGGCGCGACAGCAGCGGCAGCGCCACCAGCUCCGCCUACCUGAGCAGCAGCCGGCGCUCGUCGGGCAUCUCGCCGUGCUUCUCUAGCCGGCGCUCCAGCCAGGCAUCCCAGAGCGAGACAGCCGCCGGCCACCACCGCCGCCUCCACAACCUCAGCUCCACCGACUCCUACGACCCCAUCUCCACCGACGCCUCGCGGCGCUCCAGCGAGGCCAGCCAGUGUGGCGGGGGAGGAGGAGGAAGCGGCGGGUCCAGGGGGUGUCUCAACCUCACCCCUGCCCAGCACUACCACCUGAAGGCCAGGUACGCAGCCGCCACGGGGGGGCCCCCGCCCACGCCGCUGCCCAACAUGGAGAGGAUGAACCCCAAGGCCCGCAUGGCCACGAUGGGGGAGGGGCCGGAUGGGGGCAGCCAGACGCUGCCCCCGCUGGUCAGACCGCGCCGCUGCAGCGACAACAGCACCAACGGGUACGGGGGUGGACACGCCGCUUAUCGGCGAAGGGCGGUCUUCUACCCGGGCGAGGGCCCGGGAAACGGCGAGCGCAGGGCCAGCGACCCGGUGAGGACGCACGCCCCGGACAUGUCAGGCGUGCCCCAGGUGCAGCGCUUCAACAGCCUCAACAGCAUCCACCCUCUGCCCCCCCCGCCGGCGUCUCUGGCCCCCGCCGAGCUCCGCAGCUUCAGCCUCCAGAACUACACGCGCUCCGAGGGGAACCUGCAGAGGGGCCUGCAGCACUCUCCCUGCCCCCCCAGCAUCAUGGAGCACUCCGCCCUGGAAGCCCUGGCCAUGGAGGGGGACGGGCUGCUGGGGGAUGAGGACAUGCUGCCUGACGACCUGGUGCAGUACCUCCACUCCCAGGGCCAGGGGGGCCCCUACGGCCAGCCCGAGGACCUCUCCUCUGGGCACUUCUAUGGGGACGUGGUCCUCCUGCCUGGGGGGGAGAUGGAGCAGCUCCAGGGGAUGAACCUGAGCUUCCCCAGCCUCCAGCAGCACCAGCAGGUCGGGGAGAGAGAGAGAGCCAACAAGGAGGGCAUGCCCAUCCAGUGGAAUGAGGUGAGCUCUGGGAGUGCAGAGAGGUCCCCUCACAAGCAGGUCCAGACCCAGGCUCAGACCCAGGCCCAGAGCCAGAGGUGUGCUAGGUGGGUCAGCUCAGAGCAGCAAGGCCCGGCAAGCUCUCCAUUCGGGAGGUUUGGGAACAUGAUGGUUCAGCAGACGAAUCAGUUCCCCAGGGACUUCCAGAACCACUGCACCCAGGGAAGCCAGCUCCAGCUCCAGCCUCAACUCCAGCCCCAGGCCCAAACCCAGGCCCAAACCCAAACCCAGGCUUCAUGUCGAGUCAAUGGAGGAGUUAAGAUUGAGUCCUCACUCAGCUCCUGCAUGGAGCUGAGAGGAAGCGUCUCCAACUCCACUCACACCUUCGGCCGGCCCGACUUCUCCCACAUCAUGGAGGGGCCCCUCCCCCAGGGCUACGGACAGCAGGCCGUCUCCGCCCCCGCCCAGAACCACUCGCACUUCCAGCAGAACCACAGCACCUCCAGGCAGAUCGGAGACAACCUUCUCCUGAGCAGGGCCUCCAUGGAGAGCUUGCCCCAGGCCCCCGUCCUCCACCACCUCCCCCAGGCUCCAGCACCCCCACGCCAGCCAGCCAGCAGCAGCUACAGGCACCCUACCAGGCCCCAGCACUACCUGGCUCCCCACAGCCAGGUCCACAACCAGGCCAGCCCAGGCCUCGGCCAGCCAGGGCAGAGGAAUGGGGGGCCUUCCUGCUCCCUGGCCCACCAGGUGUCUGGCUUGAAGCUGGAGGCCCCAGACCAGGGGUACCUGGACCAGCCGGGCUAUAGUGACCCAGCUCUCUGCUUUGACCCUGUGGAGAAUAAGAACUCCUCUUCCUCCUCGUCCUUAAACUCCUCCUCCUCCUCCUCCUCCGCUCUGGAGGAGCAGUGUCUGCUGGAGACCAUGGCGGAAUCUGUGGGGUGUCUGGGUUCUGAGGGCCCUGCUGCCCUCCUGUCCCCUGGGGCAGACCAGGUGACCAGUACAGUGGACAGCUCCGUUCCCGAGGCCCUGGAGGAGGUGGUGGGCCUGGACUUUGGCUCCAUGCUGGAGGAGGCCUACGACCAGGGCAGUCUGGUGUCUGGGCCGAUGAGCCCCUCCAUAUUCCAGGGCUUGUCCAGGACCUCAUCCCGACUCACCACCCCCAGAGCCUCCACCUCCUACCACAGCAACAUGCCCACACCCAGCCUCAGCAACAUGGCCCUUGGAGACAUGAGCUCCCUCCUCACCUCCCUUGCAGAAGAAAGCAAGUUUCUGGCUAUUAUGCAGUAACUGGUCUCUCUCCCUCUCUAUCUCUCCCUCUGUCUCUCUUUCGCUUUCUCUCUCUCAGAAGAUAAAACCUUACAGAAAAAGAAAGGAUAAAAAAAGAGGAAUGAGAUGGUCAAACUUUUGAGAAAGCAACAAAUUAUGAAGAAGUUUAUGAUGUUUGUUCCCAAUACAGAUUUGUUGCCAAACAGAUUUAUUUUGUAAAAGUGUAAUCCCUUUCCACGGACCUGGGAUGUGUCAAAAAUAUGUAUAGAUAAAUAUAUAUAUAUUCCUUUUCUGGAAUGAAGGCUAUUUUUGGAAGCCCUUCAGUUUGUACGACUAGAAGUACAUGGGGCCAGAGAUCCCCACUCACCUGUCCCAAAAAGUAUUCUGAGUAUCGUAGCUGUUUUCUCACUGUACACUGUCGGUAUAAAUGCAUGUUGUAUUCAAGGUGGAGCAUACACACUGUCUUUAUAAACACUAGCAAGGGGCUAAGUACCUAGCCUAUCAGGCAAUAAGGUUAGCCCCUAACUCCUCCAUCACUCCACUGUUACUAGGUCAGAAUGGGCUCCUCUAUUGACUUUAAAAGACCCUGAUGGUAUCUUUAUAUAAACAUUGUUUUUUAAAAACGAAAUUUACACCUUUACUAUUGUUGUUUUGUUCGUAUGUUACUUUUGCGAAUACGUAAAUCUUAAUGUUUCAGUGCUUCUACCAAGUCUUACAAAGUGGUGUGUUUUCUGUCAGAGUAUUCCAAUAUGGUAUUGAGUCCAACAUUACGAGGACCACGCUUCAGUCUUCACAAACGCCAUGAUAUGUAGUAAUUUAGUCGAUAUGACUUACAGUGCAUCAUCUGUUAAGGUACUGUACUCACAAAUGUAUAUAACAAUGUGUUUUUUUAAUAUUUCCUUUGUGAAAAUCGGAUUGUUGGUGUUGGGUUGCAAAGUGUUGUCUCUGUGAAAAUUGACUUUUGUGAAAGUGUUGGGAAGUGAUUAUCAUACAGUUAAUGUGUUUUUUGUGUUUUUAUGAUAUAGCAGAUAAUCCAGCACAUGAUUCAUCAAGAGAAAAAGGGUCCUACUUUGGUGCUUUACGUUAUGCUAAAGAUUUCCAAUUCAUGUUUUUUUGUCUUAUGAAGCCCUUUAAAAUGACUAGGAUGAAAUAUUCACCUCAUCAAGGUGUUCGUGUUAAUUUUUGUUUGUUUGUAUCGGGACUUUAUAGGAAAUAAUCCAUAUCUUAUUCUCUACAUGAGUUUAAUACAGUUUGUGUGUCCUGCCACCAAGUAUUGCAGUGAAGUCCACAGUGUUAGUAUUGCCUUGCAAUCCCAAAUGAGAGCGCACAGUAUACAAUAUUCAGUAUGUAUUGAAUAGUUUACCUAGUCUGCAGUGGCUAAGCAAUGAGGUACAGAUUGUAUUUUGUUUUGGUACUUUUGUCAUUUUGUAGCUGUGCAUCCAUGUUUUCUUUGAGAGAGGUGAGACUCAUUCCCUCGUGAAAGACCCGAGGGGAUAGCCAUGAGGUAUGUGCCUUAUAUUUGCCUGUCAAAAAAAAAAAAAAAAAAAAGAUCACUGCCAAUCUUCCAUUCUUAAUUAUGAACAAAAUAAACAUGUUAAAAUGUAU